AUGCAUCGCCGAACGCGCCAGAGUUUACGAUUAUCCUAUCCUAACAAUGGAAAAGAAAAUGAAAGUGAGCAACUUGUUGCAAAGAAACCAAGCAAGCGUAGGUCUAAAUUUCCGACAAAUGGUGAUACGGACGAAGAGUUAGGAGUGUCUCCGAAGAAAUCUGCCCGCAAAUCUCGCCUAUCGAAGGUGGUUAGGGAGGAAAUUCAAGAGACGGACAGUGGCGAAGAUUUGCAGGAUGGUGGUUUAGCAAAUGAGAUUGGAAAGCUUCCGGAGCGAGAAAAAGAGUACGACGAGCUGGUGAAUUUCGUCGAGAACGUCCUCGAUGUUGGAGGAUCGGGAAGCUUGUACAUAAGUGGACCACCGGGAACGGGGAAAACAGCUACACUACAAAGAAUACUUCAUCACGAUACGUUUGUAAACAAACUAAAGCCAGUUUACAUUAACUGCACUUCAAUCAAAAGUGUGGGCAGUAUUUACAAAAAGAUCUCAGAAGAACUCGGAUUGAAGGUGAGCAGCGGAACUGAAAAGCUAUACCAAAGCGCCAUUGAAGCGUAUCUGCAGCGUAAACACAAAACCAUCAUGCUUGUGUUGGAUGAAAUUGACCAACUUUCCAGCAGCAAGCAAAGCAUUCUGUACAGUAUCUUCGAGUGGCCAUCCCGACCGACGGCACGUCUAAUACUGAUCGGCAUCGCCAACGCAUUAGAUCUCACCGAUCGGUUGCUAGCCCGACUGCAGGCACGCUGUGAGUUAAAGCCUCGCCUAAUUCACUUCUUACCCUACACCAAGUCGCAAAUCGUUACGGUUCUUAAAUCUUGCCUCGAGGCCAACGGCACGCUGAACCGAUUGCCGGAAGCUGCGUUGGCGCUUCUAGCGGCUAAGGUUGCUUCGACGUCCGGUGACAUCCGACGAGCACUCUUCAUAGCACGACGGUUGGUGGAAGGCGUUAGGAGGGAAGAAAGGACAAAGGGCACCGGACAGUCCGUGGUUAGCAUUGGCCAAGUGAUGGGUGUGUUGAACCAGGUCUAUGGUGGAUCCCAAACACUGAACAACGAUCUUGACGAAGGGUUUCCGCUUCAGCAGAAGCUGCUCAUCUGCUCUCUCAUGCUUUCACUCAAGCACGGCAAGAACAAGGACAUUACGGUUGGAACACUGCACAACGUGUACAAAGCGAUCUGCAGCAAGCGCAACAUUCACGCCGUCGAUCAGACGGAGUUCAUCAACCUCUGCUCACUGGUGGAGACACGAGGUAUUGUGCGGAUGCAGUGCAAGAAGGAACCGCGCAUGCACCGGGUGUGCUUGCAGUGGGACGAGGAGGAGGUGAAUUCGGCAAUGAACGAUAAGCAGCUGAUAGCCAGCAUCAUGAGCGAUGCAUCAUGCCUAGGAAAGUAA